AUGCUCACCGUGACCCUCGCUCUCGGAAUGGCCCUCGCCGGGGCCGCGCUCGCGACGCCGACGCCGACCGCGGUCGACUUCACGUCUCCCGGGGACGCGAUGAGCCUCUUCAAGCGGAUCAGCUCUGGCUGUGGCACGAGCGGCCAGACGUCGUGCCACAACACGACGCACCAGUCCGACCUCUGCUGCUUCGAAUCUCCUGGGGGCCUCCUUCUCCAGACUCAGUUCUGGGACACGGAUCCGUCGACGGGCCCGUCCAACUCCUGGACCAUCCACGGUACCUGCGAUGGUACCUUCACCGAGAAUUGCGACUCGUCACGCGACUACACCGACAUUGCCAGCCUUCUCACCGCCCAGGGCGCCUCUGAUACCCUGUCGUUUAUGCAAGAGUUUUGGGUGGAUAUCAACGGCCAGAAUGAGCAGUUCUGGGAGCACGAGUGGAGUACGCACGGAACAUGCUACAGUACGCUCGAGACGUCCUGUCUGCCGUCGGGCUCCCCCAAGGGCGCGGAGGCGGUCGCGUUCUUCCAGACGGUCGUCAAGCUCUUCAAGACGCUGCCUACGUACGACUGGCUCGCCAACGCCGGUAUCACGCCCUCGUCGAGCAAGACCUUCACGCUCUCGACGCUCACCAGCGCGCUCAAGAGCGCGUCUGGGGUGACGCCCGCGCUCAACUGCGACGGCUCGAACCUGAACGCGAUCGAGUGGUACUUCAAUCUCAAGGGCUCCGUGAUCGACGGCCAGUUCGUCGCCAUCGACGCGCCCUCCAAGGGCUCAUGCGGUUCGAGCGGGAUCAAAUACCCGCUCAAGAGCGGCUCCUCGACCACCUCCACCUCCACAUCGAGCGGCAGCACCUCGACUGGCGUGCGUGCCGCCUCGGGGCUCUGGCUCCUCCCCUCCAAAGGCACGAUCGUCGCGAGCACCACCGGCGGCCUCCUCACUGCGGGCACCUGGUCGACGCAGACGCUCGCGACGUACACGUUCUCGGGCACGUCGUCGAGCUUCACGAUGAAGACGUCCAAGGGCAGCUGCGGCGUCUCCGGCGGUCGCUCUCGUGCGGCAGCGGGCCUUCUGCUGGCGGUCUCGGGGUCGACCGCGUUCUCGAGCUCGGCGACUCCGAGCGGGACGGACCAGGAGACGGUGUUCACGGACUCGAGCCACAGCAAGACGUACACGCUUUCCAUCGUCUCUUCGUGA